AUGGCCCAUAUCCUGUUGCUCGCCUCCGUCGUCGCGCUCGCUGCGGCGUGUGGUGACGUCGCCUCGGCACAGGGUCCCUCGCCGGCGACGGCAACCGACUGCGUCGCAGUGGUUCAUGCCCGCCUGCUCCCGUGCCUGACGUACGUGCAGGCCGGGAGCAACCUGACAAGGCCCGAAAAAGGGUGCUGCCGGGGGCUUUCCUCAGCCGCGAAAGACGACCUUGAUGAGCCGGCGAACUUCAUUUGUGACCGGGAGCAAUGUCCGGAAAGCUCCUAUGAUUCUCCGUCGCGGUGUCUCUGCAUGUUCCUGUCCGCGAGGUCGACGCUGACAUCUCCGUCGACCGAAACAAGGCCCUGUUGCUGCCUACCGUCUGCAACACGAUGGCGCCUCCGCCAAGCCUGUGCCCGUGUAAGUUUUUAUUCUCCGCCUCCCACAUCUACUCAGAGCUUCUCCUACCGGCGAUUAGAUUGUUCCUCCCCCUCCCGGAUCUUUGA